AUAGAGAAAUUUUUUCUUCAAGUGUUUUGAUUGUUCAGUUGUAAUAUAUAAUUCAACUUUGACAUUAAUUUACGUGAAUCAGUUUUAUUCGAGUAGUUAUUAUUACGAUAAUUUUCUAGUAUAUCUAUCGAAUAUUUACAAUUACACAAUACAAUUUCUUUAUAACCUAUUUGUUUUAAAAAUAAAUUUUCGUUACUUAUUUUUCAAUAAUUGAAGCACAGACAAUUUCUUCAUAACCUGUUUGUUUUAAAAAAAAAUUCUCGCUACUUAUUUUUCAAUUAUUGAAGCAGACACAUCACAGAACAAGUAUAAUUACGUUAAUAAAAAUUAUGAUGGCAAAAAAUUUAAUAUUUUUAGUUGGUUUUGAAACUAGCCAAAUCAGUAGUCGUAAACUUCCAACAAAUCGACAAAUUUUGAGUAUUUUCUUUUAUAAACACAAGUCUCUUAAACUAACUAUUGAUAACAGUGCUGCAGAAGUUGCAAAGGAAGUAUUAAAAAUAUGGAGUGAAUUCAAUCUUCCUACAAUUAAACUGGUUUCCGUUGUGUGUAAUAUUAAACGUUUGUUUCGUGAGUGGAAAAAUUUUUUGAAAUCUCGAAAAAAUAAAAAAACUAUUUAAAAAAAAACUAAAGAAAAUGACUUUAAUAAAAAAUUAGAUAAAUUACUUAAUAUUUCUAAAAAAACAUCGGAACAGUUUCUAACUGAUAACCAAAAAACUUUGUUGAACGAAGAUAUGCAAUUCAGACAUUCAACUGUAAAUUCUGUAUUAAGUAAUAUACAAACUCCAGAGCUAGAUAAACCAAGUACAAGUCAAAGUACAUCUUUUCAUUCAUCAUCUGAACACGAGCUUGAAAAAUCGAUUUCAUCAUUUUCCGAUGAUUUAAAACGACACACUUCAGAUUUAGAAGAUCCUUAUUCAGAAAAUAUUAAAAAACAAAGAAAAAUCGACGUCGUAAGCCCUGCAGUAGUUAGCGCUCUUGAUCGAACGAAUACCGGUAACAGAUACGUAGUAUAUAUUCUUGGUGCAGUCUCUGAGUCUUUAGGGAUGCCUACAGAAGAUACUAAUUUGAGCUACAACACUGUUCGAAGACGUCGACUCGAAGCUAGGCAAGAUAUUGUAGAUGAUUUAAGGAAUAACAUUCAAUUUCCUGGAAGUCUUAUCCUUCACUGGGAUACAAAAUUUCUUCAGGAUAUUUGUAUCUAUGAUAAAGUAGAUAGGCUUGCAGUUCUUGUAUCUGGCUUGAAUUUUGAACAAUUACUUGGCAUACCGAAAACUGAAAGCGGGGCAGGAGAGCAUCAAGCUAUGUCGAUAAUUGACCUAUUGGACAGAUGGGGAAUUACAAACUGCAUCAAAGGCUUAUGUUUCGAUACCACGGCUUCCAAUUCAGGGCCAUACAGUGGUGCAUGUGUAUUGUUAGAACGUAUUUUAGAAAAAAAAUUUCUUUAUUUCGCUUGCCGAAAUCAUAUGUAUGAGUUAGUUCUUCAAAAGAAGCAUGCCAAACUUGUUUACCGGCAAUGUCAGGUCCAAAUGUAUCGACAUUUGAAAGAUUCCGGCGAUCUUGGAAGAAUAUUGAUACUAAUGAUUAUAUAACGGGGUUAGAUAAUGCAAUAAUUCGUAAUAAAGUAAUGAAUGACUGAUACAGUGUAUUAGAAUUCAUUUCCAAACAACUUGAUGAGCAUCAUCCACGAGAUGAUUACAAAGAAUUUCUAGAAUUGAUAUACAUUUUCUUAGACGGCACUCAAACUAAUCUUAUCACGAUCAAAGCUCCUGGAGCAACUCAUCAUGCGAGAUGGAUGUCCAAGGCCAUCUAUUGCCUCAAAAUAUAUAUUUUCCAAAAACAAUUCAAUGUUGGUAGCAAAAAAGAAUAACUUGGCUUAGGUGAUGUUUGUGUUUUCAUAAGUAUCAUUUAUAUAAAAGCGUGGUUUAAAGCUCCUUGUCCGAUAAGCGCUCCAGCUCAAGACUUAGAAUUUUUGAAAAAGUUAAUUAAUCAUAAAAAUAUUAAUACAAAGAUUUCAGAUGCUACUGUUUCAACAUUUUCGCGACAUUUAUGGUAUCUGACAGAAAUACUUGCUGCUAUGUCAUUUUUCGAUUCUAGUAUUAGUUUAGAAGUUAAAAAGAAAAUGGUAAACGCGAUAAAAAAAAAAGAGAACAAAAUUGAUGAAAAAAGAAUAAUAUUAUCUAAAAAUCAACUUAACGCGAUUUGUUCCAGACAUCAGUGAUUUUAUCACAAAAAGAACCUUAGAAUUUUUCAACCAACUUCAGUUAUCGCCAGACUUUUUAGAUAUUGAGCCCGAGCACUGGAUAGAAAAUGAUUCUUACAAAAUGUGCUUCAAUACUAUUAAGAGCAUCAAGUGUGUUAAUGAUAUUGCUGAACGAGGUAUCGCAUUAAUACAAAAAUAUAAUCGAACUCUGACGAAAAACGAAGAGCAAAAACAAUUUAUUCUGCAAAUAGUAUAAUUACAUCGUCAGCAAUAUCCUAAUUGUAAUAAGUUAAAUUUUAUUAAUAAAUAAAUAAAUGUUUUUAACAUGCCUUAUCUCAUUUCAAAGUAAUUUAUUUCCUUAAAUAUAAAGAUUUCUGACAAUAAAUGCCUAAAAUUGCUUAUUUUGAUUUUUUGUUUAAUUUUCAUGGCCAGUAAAUAUAUGAAUUUUUGACUUUAAAAAAUGG